UUCAACCAAAUUAUUUUAAAUAGUUUUUAGUUUACCACUAGCGAUGAAUCGGUUAAGACAAUCGAAAAUAAUGUACACUUUUCCGUAUGAAAUCGUUGACGUUGAUUACAAGAUAAACACUGAGCUGCUACAGUAUUUCAAAGGUGAGCGCACAGGAUUUGUGCAAGUGGGUCCUGAAAAAUAUUUCUUUCCUCAUAAAUACAAGUUUGAAGCAGACAAUUUUUAUAAUUUUUGUGCACGUCCAGAUGAUAUUUGGGUAGCAACAGUUCCACGGUCUGGAACCACAUGGACUCAGGAGUUAGUUUGGCUACUGGCACAUGAUUUAGAUUUUGAUGCAGCCAAACAGGAAUCCCUCACAGAACGUUUUCCAUUUUUUGAGUUUUCAUUAUUCGUUCAUCCUGAAGUCAAGGCUGAGUUGUUAGCUAAACAUUUUGGGGACAAUAAAAAGCUGGAAUUCAUUGAACAUUUUUCCAGAUCAGGAUACAAGACUCUAGACGAAUGGCCAUGUAAUAAGAGACGUUUUAUAAAAACACAUUUUCCAUUUUCUUUGCUGCCACCAAGUGUUAUGCAGAAUAAGUGCAAGGUAAUAUAUGUAUUGCGUAAUCCCAAAGAUGUGGCUGUUUCCUAUUACCAUUUGAAUCGGUUGUACCGAACCCAAGGCUACACUGGUGAUUUCCACCGAUAUUGGGAUUACUUUUCACGGGGAUUGAACCCUUGGCUACCAUACUACAGUCACAUAAGUGAAGCGUUUGAACAUCGUCAUUUGCCAAAUAUACUCAUCCUCAACUAUGAAGAUAUGGUUUCCGAUUUGAGAGGUGUCGUAUUGAAACUGGCAGCAUUUUUAAAUUGCACAAUCAGUGCGGAGGGUUUGAAAAACUUAACACAACAUUUGGAUAUUAAAAAUUUCCGGGAGAAUCCAUCAGUAAAUGGAAGUGAAAUAGCGAAUGUUGGACUUUUGCUUAAGGGUGAAGCUGGUUUCGUUAGAAAAGGUGGCAAUGGAAAGAGAGAAGAGCUUAUAAAUGACACUGCACUGAAGAACUGUAUAGACCAGUGGAUUCAUGAAAAUACAUAUGACAAAAAUUAAUAUACAUACGUUAAAAGAGUA